ACCACGCACGCCAAUCUCAGCUGGCGCGACAACCACCCUUAUCUGAUACUGCACAAGCAUCAACAUCUCCACCAAAAAACACAAGGCAUGUCACUCCAAGGCCAGCUCACCACCAUCCCCUGCGGGCCCUUCUUCUAUCCAGUUUUCACUUCCGGUGACCUCACAGCCACCCGCGCUGUCGUCUUCAUCGGCGGUCUCACAAACGGCCUCGGCGCAGUGCCCUUCACUUAUCCCUUGAGCGAUGCCCUAGGAAAAGCCGGGUGGAAACUGAUUCAAUUCCACUGGAGCUCAGCAUACGGUGGCUACGGCACAGGUAGCUUGGACCGGGAUCGAGAAGAAAUGCAGGCCUUGGUCAAGUACUUGAAGACGACCGGCGGCUUAUCCAAAGUUAUUAUCAUGGGUCACUCGACAGGCUCCCAAAACGUCAUGCACUACCUCUCCUCUUCCAUCAAUAACGACCCGGCCUACCACGUCGACGGCGGGAUCAUGCAAGCGCCUGUCUCUGACAGAGAAGUCUGUGCCAAAGAUAAGCCAUACUGCGACUACCUUUCCUUAGCAGAGGAGAUGGUCAAAAAGGGAAGGGGGCAUGAAAUCAUGCCGGACGAGUUUUGCAAGAAGGCAGGAUUUGGAGGGGUCGAGAUGAAGAUGACGGCGUAUAGGCUCUGGAGUCUGAUGGGCGUUGGUGGCGACGAUGACUAUUUCUCCGCCGACAUCCCUCUCGAGCCCACCCAGCCAUAUGUCCAUUCCCUCUCUACCUCCUUUGGUGCACUCACUGCCCCAGCGUUAGCUCUCUUCUCUGAAAAAGAUGCCGAAUGGAUCGUUGCACGCCCAGAAGACCUUCUUCCGAAGUGGGCAGAUGCCGCUAAUGGAAAACUGGAAUGGCGCAUUAUUAAAGGGGCAUCGCACGAUGUAAACGAAAAGGAGGCUCAGGCGGUGCUUUGUGAAGAUGUGUUGAGUUGGUUGAGAAAGUUUGAGUAGAGUGCCGUUUAUUGGGUACUCACUUAAAAAGGUUUAUUAUUGCAUGAUUUUAAUAUUGGCAACCAACAAAAUGAACAUCACCAGAUCCUUGCUUUUGGCCUUUCGUGGUGGUAGACAGUCACGUAUCCACGAGUGCAUGAUAUCUA